CAAACCUUUGAUCUGCAUAUGCAAUAUGAGAUAACAGUCAUUUAUAUUGAUUAUUCAUAAACAUUUUGAGCUGGACUAUAGACAACAACAGACUAUUUACAUCAAAAGAAAUGCUGGCACAACCACUCCUAGUGGCCGCAAUAGAUUUUGGAACCACAUACUCUGGAUGGGCCUUCUCGUUUGCUCAUGAUUAUAAGACAGAUAGAAGGAAAGCCGAUAUCAGCUACUGGUACUCAGGUACCGGAUCACUUGCAACACAGAAGACACCAACUUGCAUACUUAUCAGGCCUGAUGGAAAAACAGUUGAAGCAUUUGGAUAUGAAGCAGAGGAUAUGUAUGAAGACAAGCAUGGAAGAGGUGAAGGCCAAGACUAUUACUUUUUCAAACAUUUCAAGAUGAAGCUACAUCAGAAGUUAACAAAGAAAAUUGAUUUACAAAUGACUUUGGAGGAUGAAUCAAAAAAGACUCUCCCAGCUAUUCAAGUGUUUGCCUUAGCAAUAAAGUAUCUCAAAGAAAACCUACUAGAGCGUGUAAAAGAUACACAACUGGAUGAUAUAGAGUCAGAUAUUUCCUGGAUACUAACAGUUCCUGCCAUCUGGAGAGAUGAAGCUAAACAGUUCAUGAAAGAGGCUGCAGAACAAGCAGGAAUACCAAAAGAAAGACAAACAAUCGCAUUGGAACCAGAGGCUGCUUCAGUAUUUUGCUAUGAACUUCCAGUUGAGAAAACUGUCGGAAGGAGAGCUUUGUCAAGACUUCAAGUUGGUGACAGAUACAUGAUAAUCGAUGCUGGAGGAGGAACCAUAGACAUUACUGUCCAUGAAGUUGCUCCUCAUGGAGGUUUAAAAGAAGUAGCAGCAGCAAGUGGUGGUGGCUGGGGAGGAACUAUGGUUGACAGAGCCUAUGAAGAGUUCUUAGGGAAGUUAUUUGGGCCAGAUCUUUACACUAAGUUCAAAGACACUUUUAAAGAAGAUUAUUUAGAUUUCCUGAGAGCUUUUGAGGUAAAGAAGCGUCAUAUUAAGCCAAAUGGAGAAAUCAGAAUUGAAAUGCCAAGAAAUCUGGUUGAACUGUUUGAAAAUGACCGAAAAACAACUUUAAAAACAUUUCUUGACAAAUCAGAAAAUUCUGACAAAGUACGUCUUGUUGGCGGGGAUAAAAUCCAGUGUUCUAGUGACACAGUUGCAAUGCUUUUUCAAGAAUCUGUACAAAAGACUGUCAAUCAUGUAAAGGAUCUGCAACAAAAUAUCAGCAAUCUGAAAGCUAUCUUAAUGGUAGGAGGGUAUUCUGAAAAUCAGCUGCUACAAGGGGCAAUCAAGUCCGCCUUUCCAAACCUGAAUGUUGUAAUUCCCAUAGAGCCCCAGUCAGCUAUUUUGCGUGGAGCACUUAUGUAUGGUCAUAAUCCAAGCGUACUUACAGAGAGAGUAUUAAAGUAUACAUAUGGAACCAACAUUUUAAUACCAUUUGAUCCUAGAAUACAUCCCCUCAGCAAGAAGAUAUAUACCGAUGCAGGUGAAAGAUGUGGUCAAAUAUUUAGCAAACUUGUAGAAAAAGAUCAAAAUAUUAAAACCGGACAGUUAGUUUCCAAUACAUUCUAUCCUGUGAACAGGUCACAAAGAAAAUUAGGCUUUCCAGUUUAUGUUUCAGAGGAAAAGAAUCCAGUAUAUACUGAAAACUGUCACUGUAUUGGAUCCCUGACGAUUCAGAUUCCAAAUCCAAAUCCAAAAACAAACCUGGAAAGAGCAUUUACGGUUUCAAUGUGUUUUGGUGGAACAGAAAUAGAAAUGCAAGCAAAAGAUGAUAUGACUGGCAAAAAAGUAGAAGUAAAUCUGAACUUCUUGGGCUAGAGUUAAAGCAAUAUAGUUAGAUAGCAUAGUGUUGACUACACAACAUAAAUAGGAUGAAUUUGCCAUUGUUUCACCUGACCUGUGUUUUCAUAUGUCUUAUUCUGUUCCUUGUUACCAUUGUUACCCCUGACCUGUGUUUUCAUAUCUCUCUUAUUCUGCUCUCUGUUAGCACUGUUACUCCUGACCUGUGUUUUCAUAUCUCUUAUUCUGCUCUCUGUAAGCACUGUUACUCCUGAUCUGUGUUUUCAUAUCUCUUAUUCUGCUCUCUGUUAGCACAGUUACUCCUGACCUGUGUUUUCAUAUCUCUUAUUCUGCUCUCUGUUAGCACAGUUACUCCUGACCUGUGUUUUCAUAUCUCUUAUUCUGCUCUUUGUUACCAUUGUUUCACCUGACCUGUGUUUUCAUAUCUCUCUUAUUCUGCUCUCUGUUACCAUUGUUACCCCUGACCUGUGUUUUCAUAUCUCUUAUUCUGCUCUCUGUUAGCACAGUUACUCCUGACCUGUGUUUUCAUAUCUCUUAUUCUGCUCUCUGUUAGCAUUGUUACUCCUGACCUGUGUUUUCAUAUCUCUUAUUCUGCUCUCUGUUAACACUGUUACUCCUGACCUGUGUUUUCAUAUCUCUUAUUUUGCUCUCUGUUAGCACUGUUACUCCUCACCUGUGUUUUCAUAUCUCUCUUAUUCUGCUCUCUGUUAGUACUGUUACUCCUGACCUGUGUUUUCAUAUCUCUCUUAUUCUGCUCUCUGUUAGCACUGUUACUCCUGACCUGUGUUUUCAUAUCUCUCUUAUUCUGCUCUCUGUUAGCACUGUUACUCCUCACCUGUGUUUUCAUAUCUCUUAUUUUGCUCUCUGUUAGCACUGUUACUCCUCACCUGUGUUUUCGUAUCUCUCUUAUUCUGCUCUCUGUUAGCACUGUUACUCCUGACCUGUGUUUUCAUAUCUCUUAUUCUGCUCUUUGUUUGCACUGUUACUCCUCACCUGUGUUUUCAUAUCUCUCUUAUUCUGCUCUCUGUUAGCACUGUUACUCCUCACCUGUGUUUUCAUAUCUCUUAUUCUGCUCUCUGUUAGCACAGUUACUCCUGACCUGUGUUUUCAUAUCUCUUAUUUUGCUCUCUGUUAGCACUGUUACUCCUGACCUGUGUUUUCAUAUCUCUUAUUCUGCUCUCUGUAAUAGCAUUGAUAACCCUGACCUGUGUUUUCAUAUCUCUUAUUCUGCUCUCUGUUAGCACUGUUACUCCUGACAUGUGUUUUCAUAUCUCUCUUAUUCUGCUCUCUGUGAAAGCAUUGAUAACCCUGACCUGUGUUUUCAAAUCUCUUAUUCUGCUCUCUGUUAGCACUGUUACUCCUGACAUGUGUUUUCAUAUCUCUCUUAUUCUGCUCUCUGUGAUAGCAUUGAUAACCCUGACCUGUGUUUUCAUAUCUCUCUUAUUUUGCUCUCUGUUAGCACUGUUACUCCUGACCUGUGUUUUCACAUCUCUCUUAUUUUGCUCUCUGUUAGCACUGUUACUCCUGAGAUUUUGGGGACAUAUUCAAUAUAUAUUAUACCAGAUUUGUUGAGCGCUCUUUUCAUAUGUAAUAUACGUUCAAAGGCGCUUCAAUGGCAAAUGUGCCAGUGCAACAACCUCUUGAAAUCAUAUGAGGCAGCAUAGAAUAUUAAGUAUACCAUAGAAAGCUAAAACAAACAAAAAUAAGGGCAUGUUUGUUUAAUUUCUUACCUCCAGUUGGCUUGUUUACUUUCUCUGUAGGACCUUGUUCAAACAGAGAGUGAGUCUGUAUAACAUUAGCUGACAUCCUCCCCCUCCCUCGUCCCCUCCCCCUGCCCCUAUCUCCAGAGUCACGACCUCUACCGCUGUGGCCAGAAUUGGGGCGCUGGUUCUUGUUGUCAUUGGGCUUUGAUGUUGAUGUUGAUGCUGCUGCUGCAUCACUAGUUCCACUGUGAAUAAAACACAAAGCAAGUGCAGGAAAACUAAAGCAUGAUAUGUAACAAUGCGCAAAAGGUCUUGUAGUUAGUAUUUCAAGACAAAAAAAACUUUUAGGAUUAUAUUUUCAAACAAUUCUGUCUGUGCUCAGUGUAGCAGUAAUAAGGGUUUAAUACAAACUGAUAAAAAAAUUCUUUCUUAACCUACUCUUUCUAAAAUUAAAGUUGUCAUUAGCACAAUCAAACUGGCUGUAUGGAUUUGAAUUUUCUAAAACACAGAUCUGCUGAAUAAGUUUUCUGAGCUAUUUACCUUUCAUUUUUAACUCUUCUAGCAGGUAUAUUUGGUACAAACACUUUCUUCUGUACACCACCCAAAGUCAGAUCCCGAGGUCCUCUUAUUGAUGGUAAUCUUUAAUGAAAAAAAAAUUCCAAAUAAAAUUCUGUUUUGUGGGGUAGGUUUACCCACUAUCAAAGUUAUAAGUGUACUUCUGACAACCAAAGAAUCUUCAUUUUAUUCCUAAUCACAUCAAAAAGAUGUUCAUGCACUUAGUAACACAAUAUUGUUCCAUUCAUAAACAUUGGAAAUUAAUUAUCAAUGAUCAAGACGUUCUUACUGAAUCUGUUUCCAUUCACACUGACCAUUUAGAUUAUAUAAGAUCUAUCAAUAACAAGGUAUUCCAGCCAAUGGUUGAACUUGCCAUUUAAAUAACUUCAUGUGAGGUCACGUUGAUUUCUUAGAUUUGAGGCACAUUUUGUAUUUGUUUCUCAUAGGUGUAUUGUAAUAGUUUGGCAUUUGCUUUCUUACAAAUAGAUCAGAAGUAUAUUAUUAAUAGCCCAAUUUAUACUUAUAAAGUAAAAGUGGUGAAUGUUAAAUACUUCGCAGUGAUUAGCUUUGUUUUUGAUUUUGUUGUUUUUGUUUUAUACAGUAACAUUUAGUACUGGUGACAUGAAUUUUUUAAUAGACAGAAUGUAAAUUCA